CCUCACACACCCCACAGGUUGAUGCCUCUCACCCCCUCUCAUGGCCACGGCCCACGGCCAUGGCCAUGUCCGUGUAACUAACCACGCAUGAUUUACACUGACUCACCCAGCUCUCACCAACCACCAGGUCACCGGGAUUAAACACGGCCAUCUGUAUGCAGCAAGAUCCUGCUCCUGCCCAUCUCCCGCAGAGGAAUAAAAAAAAAACACAGCCAAGAACAGCAUGUGCGCUCACGCGCAGCGCCAGAGCCGUAUAUGAGCAUCGUCGUCGUCCUCGGCGUCCCCAUCAUGGCUGGGGGCGCCACCACCACCAUUCCAUAUGCCCCCGUCCAAGCUAUAUAGCCCCGCGCCAUCGUACGCUUCCUCCAUCUUCUGCUAGGCGCUAGCUGGCCGGCCGGGGCUAUCUAUCUAGUGGAACCAGCGAGCAGCCCGCUAGCUCGCCUCGCCCGAGAUCCGGCCCCGCGCGCGCGUCCGCCCAGGCAGGAUCCAUGGACGCCGGCGGUGGCCACGGCGGCGCCAUCAGCAUCGUCGCCGAGGAGGCGGCGCGGGUGUGGGCGGAGCUCCCCGUGCACGUGGACUGGGCGGCCGUGGCGUCGCAAUGCGCGUGGGCGGCGUCGCGCGCGCGGGCGCUCCUCGUGGUCCCCGCGGUGCGGGCGCUGGUGUACCUGUCGCUGGGCAUGACCGUGAUGAUCCUCGUCGAGAAGCUCUUCGUCUGCGCCGUGUGCCUCGUCGUGCGCGCGCUCCGGCUCAGCCCCGACCGCCGGUACCGCUGGGAACCCAUCGCCGCCGGUAGGGGCGGCGACGAGGAGUCCGGCGACGCCGCCAAGUACCCCAUGGUGCUGGUGCAGAUCCCAAUGUACAACGAGCGGGAGGUGUACAAGCUGUCGAUCGGGGCGGCAUGCGCGCUGGAGUGGCCGGCGGGGCGGUUCGUCGUCCAGGUGCUGGACGACUCCACGGACCCCGUUGUAAAGGAUUUGGUGGAGAUGGAGUGCCACAGAUGGAUGAGCAAAGGCGUGAACAUAAAGUACGAGGUCAGGGGGAACCGGAAGGGGUACAAGGCUGGCGCGCUCAAGGAAGGAUUGAAGCAUGACUACGUCAAAGACUGCCAGUACAUUGCCAUGUUUGAUGCCGACUUCCAGCCUGAGUCCGAUUUUCUCCUCAGGACUAUUCCGUUCCUCGUGCACAAUCCGGAGAUUGCCCUCGUCCAGACUCGCUGGAAAUUUGUCAAUUCUGAUGAAUGUCUGCUGACAAGAUUCCAAGAAAUGUCUUUGGACUACCAUUUUAAGUAUGAGCAAGAGGCAGGAUCGUCGGUGUACUCAUUCUUCGGCUUCAAUGGGACAGCUGGUGUCUGGAGGAUUUCAGCGAUUGAUGAUGCUGGGGGCUGGAAGGACCGGACAACAGUGGAGGAUAUGGAUCUGGCUGUCCGCGCGAUGCUGCGGGGAUGGAAAUUCGUUUACAUCGGUGACAUAAAAGUCAAGAGUGAGCUACCUAGCACAUUCAAGGCAUACAGGUUUCAGCAGCACAGGUGGUCAUGUGGACCGGCAAACCUGUUCAAGAAAAUGAUGGUAGAGAUUUUAGAAAGCAAGAAAGUGUCAUUGUGGAGCAAAAUCCACCUAUGCUACGAUUUCUUCUUCGUCGGGAAGGUUGCUGCUCAUACAGUGACAUUCAUCUACUACUGCUUUGCAAUCCCUGUGUCAGUUUUGCUCCCUGAGAUUCAAAUCCCGCUCUGGGGGGUUGUCUAUGUCCCAACAGUUAUCACCCUCUUGAAGGCUCUUGGCACCCCAAGUUCAUUUCACCUGGUGAUCCUCUGGGUCCUGUUUGAGAAUGUCAUGUCAUUGCACCGGAUUAAAGCUGCAGUAAGUGGUCUUCUGGAUGCUGGAGGACGAGUCAAUGAGUGGGUUGUCACCGAGAAGUUGGGCGACGCCAACAAGACAAAGCCUAACAUCAAUGGAUCUGAUUCUAUAAAGGUGAUUGAUGUGAAGCUAACAGAGCCCGACGUGAAGCUAACAGAGCCCCUUGUACCAAAGCUCGUGAAGAAGCGGACAAGAUUUUGGGAGAGGUACCACUGCUCAGAACUUUUCGUUGGAACCUGCAUAAUUCUGUGUGGUUGCUAUGACGUGUUUUACGCUAAGAAGGGAUACUACAUAUUCCUCUUCCUUCAAGGCAUAGCUUUCCUUGUUGCUGGCUUUGGGUAUGUGGGUACACUACCUCCUUCCACUCCAUAAUCUGUCUUCGAUGAAACGGACAUAACUGCUUACGAGAAUUGAGUGCAAGCAAAGCCCCUCUCCCCUGCACAUAAUGACUUCAGAAUACAAUGGUAAUUAAGCAUUCUUCCCAUCAGUCUUGGCCAGAUAUGAUCCAACCAUUCUUUUACUGUCAAGGUCAUAGAUAGCACUGGCAUUCUUCCCAUCAGUCUUGGUCAGAUUUUAUCCAACCAUUCUUUACUGCCAAGAAGACCAUUCAGAUAGAUUGUCAUCCUUCAAUUCCCUUCGGACUCCGGUCUUGUUCAGAUUUGAUUCAACCAUUCUUUACUGCCAAGAAGGCCAUUCAGAUAGUGUCAUCAUUCUAAAUUUAUAAUAACAGUGCUUACUGAAGCACCAUGACAAAAUAAAAAUGAUUGGUGCAGCAGCAUUUUUGUUCAGAUCCUGUAGAGAUGCAUUUCACAGUUGGAAGAAUUGCAGCAGUUGUAAAUGUAAUAGCACCAGCUACCAAUUUCUCUAGAUCUUCGAAGUUGUAGCUUUUUUUUUUGGCAAUUUAGUGAUAUCGCUUUGUCAGAGUUCAGAUUCAUAAGGGAAGAUUGUUAGCUUCCUCAGUUUAUAACCCGCUCAGUUUAUAACCCGUGUAGGCUUAAAACUUGUAAAUGUACACCACUUCUUAACGCUCAUAAUUCUGUCCAAUUCUGGCAGAGCUUGAAAUGCAUUAUAAGUGUAGCAUGUAAAUUUUGUUCUGUAAGAAGCCAAAUACGCCUUCUGAGUAACAUGUGUGACCAGACAUUUUACUUGAUGUGGCACAUGGACUAGUGGAUCUAUUUUACUAUCGAGCAGCAGCCAUUUGGUCAGACUGACCACCCAUGCAAAUUGUGCUAUUUCUGUAUUUUUUUCCUGUUCUCGUGUAACAAGUGUAGACAAGUUUGAAUUCAACAAGGUUGAGGUGCAAUUGCCAACC